AUGUCUGGCAAAAACAGUCAUAUAAUUAGUGAGAGCAAUGUAAGGAGUGAACCGUCGGUUUCAACUUGUCUACCGGAUAGGAAGACUUCAAGUUUGGACCACAGUGGGCCAUCUGUACCAACUAUGUUAGCAUACGUUGAUUUUCGGCCAUGGUUUAAAGGUAGCAGUUAUGAAUCCAAUUAUUUCCAAAAUAUUUGCUCUGUUUUGCGUUACCCAUGGAUGACUCGUAAUGAGCAACAAUUCGAACAACGACCUCAUCGACCUAAAAGGGCAUUAUCAAAAACCAGUGACGACAAUGUUUUAGGGAUUUCUUGGAAAGAAGAACAGGAAUUACGCAAAGCCAUGUAUGUUUCUCUCAGAGAUCAACAACAAACAAAUUCGGAUUCCAGUCCUUGCAAUCACCUCAUGACUUUACGUUUCCAAUUGGUAAAACAACCAAGUAUAUCAGGACCUAGCAGUGCGAAAUCGGGUUUAGCGAAGCCACGGUCAACCAUUCAGUUUAAGCAUUCUAGAAAACAAGUUCGCCCGAAAUUUGUCUCUGCGAAUACCAUCUUUCCUAAAGCUAGAAACGCUUCCGGAAGUUCUCCGGAUAAAGAAGUAUUAAAAUGUGAUUCAAACAGCAAUAAAACAAAUGCUGAAUCAACUUAUGACAAUCACAAACCAUAUGUUGUAAAUACUUCACAAAACACUAGCCACAUUUGCUUACGAAAUUUAUACCAUAGAAGAAAUCCAAUUAAUCAUAUUAAUAUCAACAAUCAGUUGAUUGAUAACGAUGCUAACAAGCAAACCUUAUCUAGUUCUGCUGAAACAUUUGAAUUUAACAAUUUAUCAUCAAAUUCUGUCUCAACUAACUAUAGUCGACGUCCUACUUUGAUGACUGCUUCAAAUUACUUGAAAUCAAAUUCGACUAACACGAACAGUACUCAACGGAAAUCUGUUAAUAAAAAAAAUCCUAAUUCAUCGACUUUAAGAAAUGGCUCUUUCCGAUCAGAGAACAUUGAUACAUUCGCUACAUGCAGCUCUCCCAAGAAAUCGAUGCACAGUUUUAAAAGAAGAUCUAAACAACUGAUUAGUUCAGUCAGUCAAAUAUUACCUAUUACAGAACCUGAUGAUAACACACCUAAAUGUUUUUCAAACCUUUAUUAUGAGAGUGAUUUCCAAUUGCAUUCAAAAUCACCAUAUGAACCUUGGCAAGAUGAUAUUGGUCGACUUGCCUCAGUGCAUGAUUUCAUUAACUUUGUAUGCUUUCAUGACUGCUCAGCGACUGGAGAUCCUAAUACAGAAUGGUUCGCUAGUCCAUGCAAUAUGCAGAGUUUACCUGUGCCACGUACGUUACAAAGUAAUCUAGGGAUAUCUAUAUCCGAUCAUAAUAAUAAAAAAUGUCCCAAAAACCCCAACAUAUCAACUCAGCGCAAAAGUUACAAAUCUGCUAACUUACACCGUAUAAUCAACAACGUUGCAAAUCGUCAAUCUGUGAAAUGUUCACCAGUCACAAGGUCAACUAGUUUAUGCGUGGCUAAAAAGCUUGCAUCUAAUCAACCAUCUCCGGCUGUAUAUUCUUCAAAAUCACUCAUUUCUUCACCUUUAAAAAUGGGUAUACCUGAUAAUUGCUUUUUGCUUGAUGGAUACAAAAUUUGCGUCGAGGAAAAUAAGCCGUCCUCCACAACUUUAAUAUCUUUAGCUGCAUCCUUUCAAACAAGUAAACUUAAGGUCAUGGACUACUAAGUUGAAUCAAUAAUAUUCGUUAUCAUCGGUUGUCUAUUCAGUUCUAUCCCAUUUUUUUGUUUGGAUUCUCUUUGUGCUCAGAAUUUUAAUAUAAUUCACAAUAAUACUGUGAAAUGCAUUUACUUUCCUAAUUUUCAUUAAUUUAUCUAUUAUGUUUAUUCUGGGUUUUUUUAAUACACAU